UUAUUUUCCCGUCUAGUGGGAAAGAUAUCCACUUCAAACUUUAUCUCGCCACAACCCCAGUCUACUCACAUGGGCAGUGAGCACGUACUUGUAGCACUCAAACCCUCCUCCUCUUCUCGGUGUCUGUUCUUUGAUCCCAUUUCACAUCACAAUCCACGAAGCUUCACUAGAUCUUUACCAGGUGGUAUAUCUAUAGAACUUAUUAAUUAUUAAAAUAGAUCCUGGAAGAUCUAUAUCAAUUAACAACAUACAAGAACGACAUAUCUUGCAGCACGAUCAUUGAGCAAUUGAGCAUUCGCACACAGUCGGUUGUAAGACUGACUUACCUACGGAAAAAAAGCAAAUCCUCCAUCACUUAAUUCAAUUCAACCUUGCGACACUCGCUUUCAAUCCUUUGAAACUUCAACUCAACCCCUCGAACAGAUAAUUACUAUCUGACCUGUUUAAUCACCGAUCGAAGCAGAAUCUUCUGACCUAUUUUCAAAAAUAAUCUACCCUCGCCAGGUCUUCUCCCUUUAUUGCCAAUUCGCUCCUGCUUCCACAAACUCGAAUUAGUAUAUUAAUCAACCACCUUCAUGCCCUUGUAAUGCGAUCGACACAAUGGCAAUGCUAGCUUCAAAGAAUCCUUUUCCCGCAUCGCUGGGCCCAUCCUCAUCUUCUUUCUCUUCCAAUUCACAAUCAGCCACUACACAAUCAAGUAGAAGAGCGCCAGCCAUGUUGGCCACAAACCAGACAUUCGCGAGCCCUACAGAAUCCGAGUUUUCGGAUAUAGACAGUCCAGAGUCUGCAAAGAGGUGGGAUGAGCAUCAAGUUUGCGAUUGGCUAAGGAGCAUCAACUGCGGCGAUUAUGUGAAAUUAUUCAAGAAGAACAAUAUAAAUGGCGAGAACCUCCUGGAGAUGGAUAAAGCAGUGCUUCAAGAAAUGGGCAUUGAAAAGAUAGGAGAUCGCGUUCGUCUAUUCUUGGGCAUCAAGAAGCUCAGGACGAAGGCCUAUGCCAACCAGAAGAAGAGAAAUAGGGUAAGUGUUCUUUAAGUGCUCAUUACAGUGGAUUGAUUUUGACGAUUUCAAUCACAGGAUUCUUUCGCGACACUGGAUACUUUUGCGCACACCCCGUCUUCUUCUGGCUCGCCACGCCCUACAAAUUCUGGAAGCCGAAAUAUGUCUACAUCUACGGGCAAGAGAUUCUCGAGACAGUUCGAUUCCUUUAAUACCGCUACAGCGAUUCCCGAGAAUGUCAGUAAACCAGCUUCGCGGCCUGUCUCACCAUUGACAAAUUCAGAGGUUCGACCUCUACGACAACAGAGAUAUGGUAUCAUGAGCCCAGCAGAACAAAUGAAGCGGGAACAAAAUCAAGGGUACUUUAAUGGUCCUAAUAUUAGUAUACCAGGAAGUGCUGCGACUAUUUCUGGAAGGCGGCCUACCACCCCGUCUGAUCCUACACAGCCACAGAUAUCUCGGCUAGCUGGUGGUCAUACUCGAGCCAACCCAAGCAUCGAUGGCUCGCUCAUGGCUUCAUUGCCCACAAACCAGGAUGUCAUCAGGGUCAUAUCUUCUAAGGGUGUCACAAAGGUGGUCAAAGUUGCCGAAUGUAGCUCCUGCGACGAGGUGAUGCGAUUGACUUUGAGGAAAUUUGGUUACCGCGAGGACCAUGAUCGGAACUAUUGUUUCUGGGUCCUUGCUGGUGUCGAUCCAGAUCCCAGUCAAUGCCGUCGAUUGCCAGAGGCUGAACUCUGGCGCAUCAUCAAAGAUCAAAAGAGAGCUGAAAGGAAUCGACUUAUCUUGCGAAAGAUACAUGCAGGUGAACCAGGCGAUGAUGAGCUACAGCGAGCUGCCAGCAUCGCAUUGGAGGAAGCUACGACAACUCAUAAUCGUGCUAUCGAAACGUCUGAUAACAAGCGUAGUCAACUCAAAGUUCAGAAAAUGCUCGGAGAGACCUGGAAUGACAACCUUCAACAUCCAUUGUCACCCGCUUCGUUUCAAUCAGCUGGAUCUAACCUGUCCAUCACUGAGAGAGAACGCAAUGUGUAUAAUGCGGCGAAGGAUCUUGAGAGACCAUUACCAGCCGAUUCCCGAGAGAGUUCAAGGCAUAAAAUAGGCAAGAAAGGUGGUCUGCGUCACUUCUUUGGACAGAGACCUCCAAGUGAAUUGAUCACAUCGGAUUUGACGACAUACUUUCCCGAUCAUCCUCGUGAAGAGAUCGAUCGCACUGCGAGACUUUCACUGCGGAGAUCUACUCGUCUAAGUAAGGUCAAUAGCCGUUUGAGUGUUGCCAGUAACCUGAGCUUUGCUUCGAGCGUAGCUGAUGCUCCACCAAUGCCCACCAUCGCCGACACUUGGCUUAUGGGUAAUAGCCAAUUAGCAAAAAUCCGGCCUUUGGACCUUUCAAGAGCAACUAGUAGUCGAUUUAGAGACUCGGUGGCUUCUUCAUUACUCGACAUUGUCCAAGAAGAAUCCCCAACCGAGCCGAAUCGCAAAUCUUAUGUCUCUUUUGCGACUGAUAGCGGAUCUGAUACUACUAAUGUUAACGUAACUACUGAUGAUGGAGGUAGCGUUAGAGAUAGCUACUUCGAGGAUGGUAGCACAGAAGCUGGGGAUUCUUUGAAAGAAAUCACCCAAAAGCUGAACAAUGACGGAGAGGAAUUGGACGAAGAGUUGGAAAGUUUCCUACAGGGGGACUCUUGGGACGACAGCAAAUGGAUGAAGGGUGCACUUAUUGGACAAGGUUCCUUUGGUAGUGUUUUCUUGGCUUUGCAUGCUGUCACGGGUGAACUACUUGCGGUCAAGCAAGUCGAGACACCUUCGCCUAGUACGGACAGUAAAAACGAUGCUCGCAAGAAGAGUAUGAUCGACGCUUUGAAACGUGAGAUUAGUUUCCUUCGUGAUCUUCAGCAUCCCAACAUUGUCCAAUAUCUCGGAGCAAGCUCAUCCGACAAUCACCUCAACAUUUUCCUCGAAUACGUGCCUGGUGGUUCCGUCCAAACUAUGCUUAACUCUUAUGGAGCAUUAGGAGAGCCUCUAAUUCGAAGUUUUGUGCGACAAAUUGUUACUGGCUUGGCUUAUCUCCAUGGCAAAGAUAUAAUUCACAGAGAUAUCAAAGGUGCAAAUAUCCUUGUUGACAACAAAGGUGGAAUUAAAAUCUCUGAUUUUGGAAUCUCGAAGAAAAUUGAAGCCUCGAAUCUUCUCAAUGGACCUGGAAAUAAUAAAAACCGACCUUCACUUCAAGGAUCCGUAUUCUGGAUGGCGCCUGAGGUCGUCAAACAAACUGCCUACACACGCAAAGCAGAUAUUUGGUCACUCGGUUGCCUUGUUAUUGAAAUGAUGACUGGUACCCACCCGUUCCCUGAUUGCUCUCAACUACAAGCCAUUUUCAAAAUUGGUGGUGCAAGAAUUAGUCCUACCGUACCAGAUGAAGCAAGCUCUGAUGCGAAGAUCUUCUUGGCAUCAACUUUUGAGGUCGAACAUACUAAACGACCGAGUGCUGACGAGUUGUUACUGAGCCCAUUUUUGAACCCAAUCACUUGACUGGGUUAUUGGCAGUUUCCUUGCUUCUCUUGCGGCACCUGUAUUAAACUAGUACAUGCUUCAAACGCAUUGCAAGCGCUGGACAUUGCAUCGCCUUGGAGUUUUUCCUUUCAGCAUAUUCAUUUUCUUGUACACAUUUUUUUCCUUUUCUUUUUUUUUUUGAUGUCGUAACGAAAUACGAUACCCAAAGCUUCCUAUGGAUUUAGGCAUAAUAAGGGUACUUAACAUAGAUGCAUGGAUGACAGAAGGGGUGGAUUGUGGUAUCACUGAUUGGUCUCUUUUCUUUGGGGCAAGUAGUUACAUUUUUGAGAAUGGAAGAUGAAGGCGAACGUUAUAAAACCAUGUAUCGAAGGGGAAUGGAAGAAUCGGGAAUAUGAAAAGUGCGGAAAUCAAAGUGUACAAAUAUAAGG